CUCAGAAGCUCCUCCCCGCCGCCUGCGGGGCCGGAAGCCGCUGCCGUGUGCCCUGUGAACCGGGAAGGGCUCGGUUUGAAUGAGAUCCGGCUGAUUCACCGCGGCCCAGGCGGCUCCGGCCCAGGCAGGAAGAAACAAUCAAAAUACCUUUUGCCAACUUUGGAAGGAAAAGAGGAAAGAAACCUACUGGUCUCAUCUUUACAGUCAAAAAGUGGGAGCUGCUGCCGAGUUUGUUCUCUGAGCACCAGAAAUAUGGAUAGACUUCUGCGACUGGGAGGAGGUAUGCCUGGGCUGGGACAGGGGCCACCCACAGAUGCUCCUGCAGUCGAUACAGCGGAACAGGUUUAUAUCUCUUCCCUUGCACUGCUGAAAAUGUUGAAACAUGGUCGUGCUGGUGUCCCUAUGGAAGUUAUGGGUCUGAUGCUUGGGGAAUUCGUUGAUGAUUAUACUGUGAGAGUGAUUGAUGUUUUUGCAAUGCCACAGUCUGGAACGGGUGUCAGUGUGGAGGCAGUUGAUCCUGUAUUUCAAGCAAAAAUGUUGGAUAUGCUGAAACAGACGGGAAGACCUGAGAUGGUAGUUGGUUGGUAUCAUAGUCAUCCUGGCUUUGGCUGUUGGUUGUCUGGUGUAGAUAUCAAUACUCAGCAGAGCUUUGAAGCCUUAUCAGAAAGAGCUGUUGCUGUGGUGGUGGAUCCCAUUCAGAGUGUAAAAGGAAAGGUUGUUAUUGAUGCCUUCAGAUUGAUCAAUGCUAAUAUGAUGGUCUUGGGACAUGAACCAAGACAAACAACUUCAAAUCUGGGUCACUUAAACAAGCCAUCUAUCCAGGCACUAAUCCAUGGACUAAACAGACAUUACUAUUCCAUCACCAUCAACUACAGGAAGAAUGAACUAGAACAGAAGAUGCUGCUAAAUUUGCAUAAGAAGAGUUGGAUGGAAGGUUUGACACUUCAGGACUACAGUGAACAUUGCAAACUCAAUGAAACAGUAGUAAAGGAGAUGUUAGAAUUAGCUAAGAAUUAUAACAAGGCUGUUGAAGAAGAAGAUAAGAUGACACCUGAACAGCUGGCAAUAAAAAAUGUUGGCAAGCAGGACCCUAAACGUCAUUUAGAAGAGCAUGUGGAUGUGCUGAUGACCUCAAACAUUGUCCAGUGUUUAGCUGCUAUGUUGGAUACAGUUGUAUUUAAAUAACUGAUUUACUGUUUGUGAUACUUUGUGUAUAUUUGUUUAUUGUUACUAAUACUCACAAAACAGAGACUGUUGAGGCUCUAUUUGAUUAAACGGAGACAUCUGACUUCAUUUGCAAUGUAAGUGCAGCACUAUAACACCUCUCAGUCUCUAAUUGUGCAUUUGCUUCAGUUUCUUUAUGUCAGGGCCCUCACAGAUUCCAAAACAUUCAAGAACACAAGUGGGAAAAAAUGUAGUACUUUCUCAUUUAAUAUUUGGGGGGAGGGGGGGGAAAUCAGUAGUACAUAUAUAUUUUGAUUGUUGCAACAUAAUAAAAAUACAUUUAAAAAUCUG